AAUCCAAAAUGACAUUUCUGAAUUCUGAAUAACCGACAAAUGUUUUGAAAAUGUGUAAAACCUGCGUGUAAAACAAAUGUGUUUGCAAUGAAUUAAAUAAUGUUUUAUUGGUUUACUGCGCAAAUAAAGUUCUGACGAAACAUUCAGUUGAAUUAAAUUAUGCUACUCGUGGAAUUCCCAAAAUCCUAGUAAGCAUACAAAAUGUUUCCUAUCAUGGAGGAAGGUGCAGAAGAUAAACACAUAGGAAAAAUAGACGACUGCGAUACAGAUAUUCGCAAGACUGGACAAGAAAUGGACAUUAUUAGACAAAGAACUAUUGCAUAUGAGUAUCUUUGUCGUCUUGAAGAAGCCAAGACAUGGAUUGAAGCGUGCAUUAAAGAAAAACUACCCCAUCCCACAGAGUUUGAGGAAAGUCUGCGAAAUGGAGUGUACUUGGCAAAACUUGGUCACUUCAUAUCUCCAGACUUAUUACCUUUGAACAAAAUAUAUGAUAUCGAUCAACGGCGUUACAAAGUCAUGGGACUUCAGUUUAAACACACUGAUAAUAUUAAUAAGUUUCUGCAAGUUUUAAAAAAGACUGAGCUACCUGUGACCUUUCAACCAGAAACAACAGACAUUUAUGACAAAAAGAAUAUGCCCAGAGUAAUUUAUUGCAUUCAUGCACUCAGUUCUCAUUUGUUUAAAAUUGGUAAAGCUCCACUUAUUCAUGAUGUUUUUGGCAAAGCAACAUUUACAGAUGAAGAACUAGAUUCAGUUUCUAAAGAUUUGCAAAGGUGUGAACAUCCAUUGCCUAUGUUUCAAAAGAUUGGAGGGAUUUUAUCAAAAAAUAAUUCAGAUGACUCUAGUGCCUUACAUGAUGCUGUUCUUGAACUGAAUAAAUUGGUUGACUCAGAAAAGCCUAUAACUUCGGCUAUUCUAAAUCCUCAAUUAAAACUUAGUUAUGUACAAAACAGACUCAUAAAUGAGUACAAAAAAGUUUUGAGAGCAGCAAAGCUAGAGAAAGUAAAAGCUGCACAUAAUCGUUCUUUAAACGACAGUUACAUUCCUGACGAAUAUGACGAAUUACUCACUCAAGUUGAAAUUCAGGGCCAUAUUACAUCUGUUAAUUAUAAAUUCUUAUGGAAAUCAUUAUGUACUGCAACACAAAACAAUGACUUUAACGCCAUACACAAAACUUUCAAUGAAGAUUGGGUUAAAAUAAAAGAAUACAACUCCAAAAACUUAGAUUUCUAUUGUGAUGUAGUGAGGGAAAUCAUAGAGUGCAACAAAGAUAUUGACGUCGAGAGUGUUACCAAUUGGCAUAAAAUAUUCCAAAACAUUAUAAGUGAGGGAAACCAGAAAUCAUUAGAACAUGUGGACCACAAAAACGCGAUAGCCUACGUGAAUAAAGCAUUGGAUGAAGGGGACCCAGAGAAGUUGUAUAAGGCUUUGAGAAACCCUCAUUUGGAGUUGAAUAUGAAGGUGGAUAGGUAUGCGAUACCUCUUUUGUUUGAGGAGAUGAGGUUGGAGAAGUGUGAAUUGGAGAAGAAUUUAAAUGAGAGUGAGAUAGCUGCUUCGGUGUCCUACCUGACAGCUAUAGCAGCUGUAUCACAGGCGGUAGAUAGGGGGGACGAGGCUGCAGUUUGGAACACCCUGAUGUCAAAGCAGGUGCACCUAGAAGGCUUGCGGCCUCACUGCAGACGGCGGUAUCUCUCGGCGCUGGUGACGGCCUUGCAAGUCAAGGUCAGGGAGCAAUGUGCGUGCCCUCUGCUUACCUUGGAAGAUAUCCGUGACACCAUUGACAUGGUUAACAUGAAAGACGACGAUAAUGAAGAAUUGGUUAAAAUAAUCGACGAUAUUAACAAAGCUGUGAUGGACGAAAACAGCAAUAUGUUAAUGAAUUUACUGAAAAAUCCAACCUUGAAGUUGACUGCUCCACUACACAAGGAGGAGCACCAUCUGUAUCUACGCAUGUUAAAAAAGAAACUACUUCAUAAAGAAUCCGAAAACUUAUGGUUGGAUGAUAUUGUUAACACUAUCAAUGAUGUCAAUGCUGAAUCCUUGAAAGUAAAGGAACUCACAGAUGCUCUUGUUCACUUGAAUUUGGCAGUAAUUAAAAAUGACAUUAAUGAAUUUUGGGAUGCUCUUCUUUGCCCUUUGCUAUCUAGUCCAGGUGCCGUUGAAAGUAGUUGUAAGGACAUUUACUUUCAAAUGUUUUCAAAGGCUCUAAAAAAGAGGGGACAUUAUAUUUGCCCAUGGAUUGUAUGUCAUACAAAUGCUGGCAACACAGUAUACAUAGAUGUAGAGUCUUAUACAUACUGUUGGUCUACUCCCAAGGACUUCGUACCUUACGCCCGAUAUUUGACUAGAAAAGAUGUUCAUGUUAUCAUAGACAAGACCAAUAAAAAUCAUGUAAACAAAUACAAACAGAUUGUUCUAGAAAAGUCGAUUGUAAAGAUUCAAGCAUACUGUAGAGGGUAUAUUUACCGUAAGCAGUUAAGUGCGAGACUGCAGUUCCUUGAGGAAAAUGUCGAUUAUGUUAUAAAAAUCCAAGCAUGGUGGAGGAGAAUAAUUAUGCAAAGAAAAUAUGGCACACUUAUUAAAAUGAAAGCGAUCGAAGCUAAACUGAACCGAGAGCGAAAACAAAAUCCUUGGGUUUGGUAUAAAGUUCAGGAGCAUAAAAUAAUCAAAAUACAGGCGCUAUGGCGUGGAAAACGCGCUCGCGACGCAUUCACCUCCCUAUUUCAUUCUGCAAACCCACCCCUAAAAGCUGUAAAGAAGUUUAUUCCGAUGCUCGAUUUCUCUACCGAAGACUACGACAGAGAAAUAGAAUUGCAGUCCCUGAAGUCAGAAGUGGUGCAGUCAAUGAGAAAGAAUCAAGAGUUGUCAAAACAAAUAGACGACAUGGACUUGAAAAUAGGUCUUUUGGUACAAAACCGCAUAGCUUUACAAGAAGUAGCCGCGCAUGGCUUGAAAUUGAACAAUUUAGUCAAACACAAUUCAAUGACGAAGCUUGUAUUCCAAAAUCGAGACGGGAAAGGCUCUCUAAUGACAGUUUCUACAGCUGUUAAAGGAUUAAAAUCUUUGACUAAAGAAAGCAAAAGACUUUUAGAUGGAUACCAACAUCUCUUUUACGAGUUACAAACCAAUCCCACUUAUUUGUCUAAACUUCUUUUUUGUAUACCCCAAAAUAAGACUAACAAUUUUGUUCAAAAUGUAGUGUUGAGUCUUUAUAACUUCGGUGCGUAUGCUAGAGAUGAAUAUUUGUUAUUGAAGUUGUUCAGAUUCACAUUAGAAGAAGAGAUCAGUUGUAAAGUAGUAAUGCCUUUUGAUAUUAUUGCGUCAACGCCGUUAGUAUUGAAAAUGGCCGUGAAUUUGUCGCGGCAGUUGUCUGGGUUGAAUAGUCUCAAAACUAUAUUGGGACCACUGAUUGAGAAAGUUAUAAAUGACAAGGACUUGAAUAUUGAGACUGGACCUGUAGAGAUUUACAAGGCUUGGAGAAACGAGACUGAGAUGAAAACGGGACAAAUAUCAUCCUUACCAUACACUGUCACACAAGAAGAAGCCCUAAAGUAUCCUGAAGUUCGAACCAGGCUGGAGGCAGCCUUGAGUCAACUUAAGACGAUAGUCACAAUAUUUUUGGAAAGGAUCACGAAGUCAACGGAACUCUUACCGUUUUGCAUCACGUACAUGGCUCGUGUGUUACACAGGGCACUUUCAUCAAAGUUUCCUCACACUCCGGAGAAGGAUGUUUUAAAGGUUAUUGGCAACUUGGUAUAUUACCAGUUCCUCAACGCCGCGAUAGUAGCUCCAGAUGCAUUCCAUAUUGUCAAUUUGCCUAAUGGAGCUGGACUUACGACGGAUCAACGGAAAAACCUAGCGUCCGUCGCCAAAAUUUUACAUUUUUCUUCAGCGAAAAAAGGCUUUGGAGAAGAGUCUCGUCACCUCCAGUGCUUGAAUCCGUUCAUAGUGGAAUGCCACGAAAAGAUGAAGGAUUUGUUCAGACGUUGCUGUCGUGGGCCUACUCUUGAAGAGUACUUUGCUGUUGACGAGUAUACGGAGGCCACGCUGCUACACCAUCCUCAUAUUUAUAUCACAGUUCAGGAAAUUGUCGAUACACACGCAUUACUAGUGGAAUACCAAGAUAUCAUAGCGCCAGACUCUCGGGACCGCCUAAACGAGCUACUAGAUGACUUGGGUGACGUGCCCUCAGUCGCGGAACUCGCAUCUCGGGACGUCGAUUCGAUAGGAGAGACUACAGAAGAGAACGCAAGACUAGAUGUGUGUCUUGCGCUCGUGAACAAAUUCCAGGCUCCAGCUGAUGACUUGACGGACUUGAACAAGCUGUUCAUAAAGACUAAAGAACUGUGUGUGGCCAUUAUUCCCUUCUUGAAUGGUGAGCAUCUUCUAGAAGCACUCUGUAUUGGAACGACAAAAGAACAGCAAGAGCAAUACGCUAAAAAGAUACAGCGGCGCAUAUAUUCAGGGCAGGCCAAGCCAGACGACGUUAUGACGUUGCGCGAACACAUAGCCAAACUCCGUCGUAACCUGCAAAUGCUGGAAGACGAAGGCUACGUCACUCGCGAAGAUGGAUACCAAGCCCUGGUGACGUCAAUCGCUCUAGACUUGUGUAAUAAAGGCAAAUACAGGCAGGCGCAAAGAAGAGCCUUGGCAACGCUCACCAGAACCAAGCAGAGUUUACAGGAAAAAACUAAGUAUUAUGAGGAGAAGUGCAAGUCUUACGACCAGUACAUCAAGUCUUGCUUGGCCAACCUUCAUACUGGAAAAAGAAGUGUUCACGCCUGCUUGAGAAGAUCAGGUAAGGAUGCACAAAAGUUGAAAUCGAAACUAACUGCUAGGUAUUCCGGUGCUAAGUUAUUGGAAAGAGGUGUCCUGCUAGAAAUAGAUGGUCUCUCUCCUCAACAAUUUAAAAAUGUGCAAUUUGAUAUCACACCGACUGAUCACAAUGGCGUUUUUACUAUUAAAGCUAAGUUUAUGGGAGUUGAAAUGGAAUCUAUCGAAAUAGAUAUCCAGGAUUUGCUGCAGAAGCAGUAUGAAGGAUGCGCUAUAAUGGACAUGUUUGGCAAAGCUAAAAUUAACGUUAACUUGCUUAUAUUUUUACUGAACAGUAAAUUUUACGGUAAAUAAGCAUUUUUUAAUCAUGUUUAUUCAUAUUUUUUAAUUCUUUUUUUUUAUUGCACCUCGAUAAAGAGUACCUUAAAUGAUAUUGUGAUAAUUAUUUUAAAUUGGCUGUUACAUUUUACCUUUUUACGUCGCCUAUCUAUUAUGUUUUAAUUUUAAUUAAGUUUUACUUUAUUACUUAGUCUUCAUAUUGGAAGUUAAAAUACUAGUGUACACGCGGGUACAUGGAAAAUUAAAUAAUAAUAAAGUGAAAGCUAGCUUCGGUUUUGUAGAGCACCGCUUUUGUCAUUCACGCUUAGUUUUCGGCACCAAACUAUUCGGAAAAUCGAACCGCUGGUACAAGUUCUUGCAACUCACGAAGACGAGUGUGCUUUACUUGUGUGUAUACCUACGUGUACAUGCACAUAACGAUAGUGUAAUGUCUGUCAAAACUUUUGAAAAACGAACAGUGAGCUUAGUGUGAGCCGUGGUGUGAGUUUACAUCAAAAGUCGUCACUAUUGAGCGCGUCAAAAAUGACAUUAAAUACAUGAUGGCUUGUAGCGGAAUCUUUCAAGAACUAAAAUUUUCUUAUUUUUAACACGCUCUAGUGAGGACGUUUGAAGUAAACUCACACUAAACCCUCAGUAGCGGAGCCACCCAACAUAUAAAGCUCACUCGCCUUCAUGAAUUGUAACAACUAUAGUGCAUGCAACAUAAAAUUAUCAAUAUUCGCACCAAUUUUGAAACAUUUAUAAAAAUUAAGGCCCUAAAAUGAAAUUAUUUUGAUGUUAAAACUUUGAUUGAUGAGAGUACAAAUAAUUAUUGCGUCUUUUUCGUUUUGUCACUUGCGGUUGAAAAGAAACGUAACGUAGUAGAUUCAUUAUUUUCGAUAUCGUCUUGGACUAGUGGUAAACCCUUUUUUAAGUUAACGUUUCUUUAACUUUAGAGUAAAUUAACAAAUAAUAAUCUAAUGAAGUCCUUUAACAAUCUAGUAAUAAUAUCUUUUUUAAUCUGAAAUACUCGUUAAGCGGUAAUGAAUUUACAAAAUGUAAUUUAAGUUGUAUUUAUUUUAAGUAUUUUAAACAAUAUUUUGUAAGUGUAUCAAUGCAUUUGAAGUUUACUACAUCAUCAUACAAUGAGUGACAUGAAUUAUCUCUGUUACCGAUCCAUCACAUACAACUGUACCUAUAUUAAAAUUCUAUACCAAAAAUUCUAAAUUGUGUAGUAUUAUCUAAGUACCAAAAACUUAUUUAUUAUUAUUUUAUUGCAAUAAUGCCCAUUGUGUAUAGUUUGUAAGAUUUAUAAUUUUUAAUUAUUAUGAUAUCGACUCUUGAAUGAAUUUAAUAAUUUGUUUGUUUAUUAAUAUCCUAAAUGUAAACAAAAGUUGUUUAAUGUUAACUGUGCGAUAUUUUUAAUAGUUCUAUGACAUGAUAUCAAAAACGGUUUUUUGAAAUAACGUUAUUUAUAACUGAAGUCUAAAUUGAGUCAUAAGCUCGGAUACUAAAAAUAAAUUAUCCUAAAAGCACAAAAGACUAAAAAAGAACUUCCUCAGGAUAGGAGUCGUAAGUCGUCGUAUUAUAAUUUAACUGAAAAUUAAAUAUGAACAAAUAUAAAGGUUCAAUGUUAGGUUUUAAUGAAUUUUUAAGAUUAUUUUGAUAAAAUCUCAUGAAAUACGCCCUUUCACAAUAUAACUGUGAGUAUUGUUUUGUCUAAGUAAAUACUAACAAACUAACAAUAGAUUUAAAGUAUGAAAUAAGGUGAACUUAAUUUCUAAGAUUUUGAUAAUGUUUAUGUAGUUACAAAAAAUAAAGGAGGCUACAUCUGACAAACAAACUUUUCUAAUUUUUAUUUUUUCAAAUUAGUCCUACCUACCUUCUUUUAAAUAAAUGACAAAAUACUAAAGCGGUUUUAGGAAGUAGAAAGAACCUCGCGCGGUUUAUGGUCAAAAAUCUUGGGAAGCUGUUUUGAUGUAAGAAAAAAAAACAACCUAUUCCUAUUGGUUCUAUUCUCGAGUUCUAACACGAUGGGACGAUUUUCGCUGUUUCGAAAUUAUCUUCUAUUUCAGGAGCAUCGCUCCCUGAAAGUUAAAAUUACAUAUUCUCUACUAUUUCAUGGUUUUGAACGAUUCAUUAAGUUUGAGCACCAUUUAUUUUAAUUAAUGGAACAGGUUGGGUAAAAUUAAAGAUGUUGUUUGUAAAUUAAUCUCAAGACUAUAUUUGACAAUAAAUAUUUUUGACAAGAUCGAGCACUUUGUACACUUUAUACAGUAGUUACACCUUACAUUUAAAACUGAACAUUUCUUUGAGUGAAAUUGUUUUAAUUAUAAAUUAUCACAAAAGGACCUAGUUAGUCUAGUUACAUUAUAAUUCAGCUGUCAAUAAAUUAACACAUAGAAAGUAAAGAGGUAGAUAAUAACAUACUAGAGAUUCAUUCACUACUCACUAUUAAUAAUAACGAAUACUGGUAUUGGUAAUGCAACAUAGAAAUGAGAGGAAUUUGGAGAAACGGGCAUU